GCUUGCAGGCCGCGGGAAUGUCGGUAGAAACUCUUCCUUCAAACCAAGCACCUGGCAUAAGACGGAACUUGUACUUGAAAAGUGGCGCUCUUGCCUCCGGAAUAUGAUGGCAAGUCACCUUGUAAAACCUGAUACCAGAAAUUGCAAGAGAACAAGAGAGUUGGAGUCUCAAAUGCCAGAUAGUCCACAACUUUCCUCUCUUGGAAAAUCAGAUUCCUCUUUCUCUGAAAGCUCUGGACUAUUUUAUAAAGAUGAAGCCCUGGAGAAAGAUUUGAAUGAUAUGAGCAAGGAAAUUAAUCUAAUGUUGUCUACAUAUGCAAAGAUCUUAAGUGAGAGAGCAGCAGUAGAUGCAUCUUAUAUUGACGAGAUAGAUGGACUCUUCAAAGAAGCCAAUACUAUUGAAAACUUUCUAAUACAAAAAAGAGAGCUCCUUAGACAAAGGUUUACAAUGAUUGCAAACACACUGCACAGAUAAAGUUGUGUACUUAAAAUAAGCUGAGAAUUUAAGCCCAUUAUUGUUGUAAUGAGAGAAUGACAUUUAUGCUCUGAAAACUCUCUAGUUGUUAAAGGAAAAUGUGUACCUUAAACAUAAGGGGAAACUCCUUGAAUUUCUUUUCUAGAGUUAAAAGGGACUUUAAUCUGGACAUUAAUAUGAAGUAUGUAGCUUUUCUUUUGAGGGUCAAAUACUUGGCAUAUUUUAUAAAAGUAAAUUAUUUAACUUAUAUAUGAAUUCUUUUCUUUCUUUUUUUUUCUUAAACCUCCUGGCCUUUCUUAAACUUCGAAAAGAGAACUCGAGUUAAUUUGAUAAUGUUUAACAAUAUUGCACUUUUUCUUUUAGAAUAUUUUGUUUAAAUAGCAGAUAGAUAGCUUUGGAGAUAGUUUUAAAAUGUUUUUCAUGGUCAAUAGUAUAAAAAAAUUGAAACCCAAAAGUAAUUUGUCCACUUUCUCAAUAUGUAAUAAAAUAUAACUGUGCUAUUGCUAUUUAACGUUACCAUUUGAUUAUUUUCACUAUU